AUGGCGCUGUACCACCUCCUCGUGCUGUUCACGAUCUCGACCAAGUUGGCUGGUGAAGCGCCGAGCGCUCCCCCUUCCCAAGCGGCUGGCGACGCUUACUCGCCCCCUGGAUCAUUAGGCGUGGUCGCGGAGUGCACCUGCGCUGACGUCGACAACAAGGGCAAGUUGACGUGUACCAAAGAUGAAGCUGUGAAAAAGUGCGACAAGCUGGAGACGCUGAUCCUCGCAAAAGGCGUCAAGACGGUCGGCAAAAGCGCGUUCAAAGAUUGCAAGAAGCUGAAGACGCUGACGAUCUCGCCAACCGUAGAGAUCAUCGGCGAAGAGGCCUUCGAAGACUGCAAGCUCAUGGAAUCUGUGAAGAUCGAGCCCCGCAUUGAACUGCUCGAAGGCCCCCCGAAGACAAACAUUGUCUGCUCGAUCAAAAAAUUUGGCAAGGAGUCCUUCAAGAAUGCCGGUUCGAACAGUAACACCCCCUUCACCCUUGACCUUUCCGAAUGCGAUCAGCUCACGGAGUUCGGCGAGUCGUCCUUUGAAGAGUCCAACGUCGGGAUGCUCAAACUUCCACAGCGCCAGCUCAUGAGCAUUCCAAACCCUCCGGCCUCCCGUCGUGCGAUGUGCAACAUCGAAUCGUUUGGCGAGAAAGCUUUCUACAAAGCCACGAAUCUCGUUGGAGAGACGUGUGUCGACGACCUUCCCUUUUUACAGGGGAACAACAUGUACGAGCAGUACAAGACCGCUUCGAAUCAGUGCCUGGACGUUGCAUUCUGCACGAGCUUGAAGAAGAUUGGGAAAGAAGCGUUCGAUAAAACCAAAAUCAAAAUGUACGUCAUCAAUUCGGAGGCGGGCGUCACCGACUCGAUCGGAAAACACGCGUUUCCAGACAAUACGAUGAAAGCAAUUCGCCAAGAGAUGAAGCCCCCGGCUGGUGGACGCCGCCUCCAAACCGACAAUGCGACUGAGGAAUCCGACACCGAUGUCGUCGAUGACGAAUCGGAGUGGGACGAAGUCUACGUGCGGCUCUCCGACGUUCUUCAGCAGCCGCCCACUUGCGACGACCCCAAGGAUGACGGCCUAUCGCUGGGGGAGAAGAUCAUCAUCGGACUGGGCGCCCCCACGCUCGCUCUGACACUCGGGUUUGGUGCCGUCGCCGUCUACAUGCUGGUUUUGAACCGCAGGGUGGUGUGGGAUGUGUGCCGAGUCGCGUGCAAGACAACAUGGGACUGCGACGCCGGCGCCGCGACGUCGGCGCCGGUGGGAGGCGGGACGGAUACGACGGUGGUCCACCUCGCCUUUGCCGCCGACGCUGCCCUCCUCCCGGCCGUCGGAGCAAGCAUCGCCUCUGCCGUCGCUUCGAGCCGGCCGUCGACGCGGCUGCACGUGCACCUGGCGGCGGUGCGGCGCGGGCUCGCGCGGCUCCUCCCCUCGGACGAGAACCACCCGACCGCUGCCGCGGUGGAGGCGCAGCCGCGCCGCCGGCAGAGCAAAGGCGUCCGCUACGCGCGCGACCUCCGUGCCCGGGAGAACUUCGUCCGCUUCUACCUCGCGGACCUGCUGCCGGCGGUGGAGCGCACGCUGUGGCUCGACGCCGACACAGUCGUGCGCUGCGACCUCUCCCACCUCUUCGCCGGAGCGGGCGCCGCCCCGUGGCAUCUCGAGGAGCCAGUCGUCGCCGUGGCGCUGCGCGACGCAGCGAGGUCGAAGGGGGGCCUCAACCAGACCAUCAGCCGCACCCUCCGCCGAGCCGCCGCCGCCGGCUCCGGCGCGCCUGCCGGGCCCAUCGGCCCUCCGCAGCGCGAGGCGCUGCGGCAGUGCGUGCCGCACGCAGGCGGCAGCGCCUUCACCGCAAUCUCGGACAGCGCCUUCAACGCCGGCGUCUCCCUCCUCUACUUGGACCGGUGGCGGAAGGCCGGCGCGACGGCAGCCUUCGAGGCGCUGCUCAGCAUGCACCGGCAGGACGCCCUCUGGGAUGAGGCGCAGGGGCAGUCGCAGCCGCCAAUGCAGCUCCUCGGCUGCGCGUACGGCUUCGCGUCCUUGGGCGCCGGCAUGAAUUGCGAGGUGGAGACGCCCGCCCACGGCGUGCACCCCGGCCCGCCCGAGGGCCGCCGCGCGGGAGGCUUGGGUGCGGCGUCGCUUGCGGCGGCGGCGGGCUCGGGCGCGGGGAUGGCUUCGGGCAAGGCGCGCUGGUGCGGCGCGUGCGUGCUGCACUGGAACGGUGCCAAGCCGUGGGUCCUCGCCAACCGCAGCAACGGCAAGCUCUCGGCGAGCCGCGCGGACGCGCAGUCGGAGUGGCUCACCGCGGCCAGGCUGCUCGACGCGCGGCUGCCCGAGUGCGCCGCCCUGCCCAGCUUGGGCAGUGACCUCGAGCGGGCGACGGACGCGCUCCUCUCGGCCACCGACCCGGCCGCGCCCAUCGACGACCUCUUCGAGGGCAUGGAUAAGGCACUCAAGAUUAAGGCCAACGUCCCCGUCGACGUCAUCAACUCGGUCCUCGAGUGCUGCCUCAUCCACGCCGGAUACGACAAUGUGGAUGACGAGCAGAUUCAGGUCACCCCACACCAGGGACACUACUACGUGACGGCGUCCGACUCGGUCGACCUCUACGCGCUCCUCAACUCCGUCGGCAUCGUACCCGACCGCCUCACGCCGCUCGACCGGCGGUUCAUCGAGAAGUACAUGAACGGCAGCGCGUACGGCCUGAUCCACUCCUCCAACACCCGCCCACGCACGUCCACAAGCCUCGCAUCAUCGACAUGGACAUGCUGCGCUUCAAGAUCACCGUGCCGCCGCAGCCCUACGACGUGA